AUGAGCUUCAAGGACCCACAAACACUCCAGCAGCUGGCAAGAAGAAGCCUGCUGAAAGAUGAAGCCUUGACCAUCUCUGCUCUGCAGAACCUGCCUAUGCAAUUCUUCCCACCACUCUUCAAGGAUGCAUUCACCAACAAACAUCCUAACAUACUAAGGCAGAUGGUGGCAGCAUGGCCUUUCCCAACCCUUCCUGUGGGAGCCCUGAUGGAGAUUCCUCACCUGGAGACCCUUAAAGCUGUGCUUGAUGGCCUUGAUUUGCUAAUGUCACAAAAGGAUCGACCUAGCAGGUGGAACCUACAAGUGCUUGAUUUGCGAGAUGCCCACCAGGACUUCUGGGAUGGUUGGGCUGGAUUACUUCAUGAAGUCUGCUCUCAAGAUGUCUUUGGCAAGAACCAACCAGUGGGAAAUCAUCCCAUCCUAGGGGGGAAACAGACCAUGACUAUAAAAAUGAAUCUUUCCCUCAUGUCCCGCCGUCCCUCAAAAUACCUAAAAUAUUUGUAUCGGUGGGCCAAGGAGAGAAAAAAGGGGAUACAGGUUGUCUGUGAGAAGUUGGAGUUUGGGGCCAUUCCUGCCUAUGACCCACUGGAUGUUCUGAAGGUUUGUGAUGCAGCCUCAAUCCAGGAAUUGACAAUAAACAUAUGCUGGGAUAUAUAUACCCUUGCAUCACUAGCCCCUGGUGUGGGUUAGAUGAAAAACCUCCAGAAACUCCUUUUCAAGGAAAUCUGCAUAUAUUGGGAUAGGCCUUGGGACCUAGAGAAGGAAGCCCAUAUUGUUACAGAGAUCUUUUCCGAGUUCUCCAAACUGCAUAAGCUCCAGCAUCUCUAUUUGAAUGAUGUCUACUUCCUGACUGAACACCUGGACUUAAUGCUCAGGUGCCUGAAGAGUCCAUUAGAGACCCUUGCUAUUACUCACCGCACACUGUCAGAAUCAGACAUGAGUUAUCUGUCCCAGUGUCCAAGCAUCCACCAGCUCAAACACCUGGACCUGAGUGGUGUCACCUUGUUUUUAAGUCAUCCAUUCCUACAAAGCCUGCUAGAAAGACUGACAGCUACUCUGCAGACAUUAAAAUUGAAAGGUUGUAUGCUCAUGGACUGGCAAAUCAGUGACCUCCUGCCUGUGCUGAGCCAGUGUUCCCAGCUCACUGAAGUCGAUUUUGUGGAGAAUUUCUUUUCCAUGGACAGCCUGAAGAAGGUGCUGCAGCACACUGCCAACCUCACACAGCUGACCCUGGAGAAGUACCCUGCCCCUGAUGAAGUCUAUGAUGACAGUGAUGGUGUUAUUCCAGACAGAUUUGUGCAACUUUGUUCUGAGCUUCUGGACACCCUCAAGGGUGUAAGGCAGCCAAAACAGAUCUACUUUGUGAGUAAGAGGUGUUUAUAUUGUCGGAAUUUCUGUAUCUACAGUUUUGUUGGGAAUAUAUAA